GCAAGAGGAAAAAAGAGACAGAAAGGAUGGUUUCCUGCCAGCCAUGUGAAAUUAUUGGGUCCAAGCAGUGAGAGAACAACAUCUGCUGCUCCCUCAGUAUGUCAAGUCAUAGCAAUGUAUGAUUACCUGGCAAACAAUGAAGAUGAGCUCAGCUUCUCCAAAGGGCAACUUAUUAAUGUGCUGAACAAAGAUGAUGCUGACUGGUGGCAAGGAGAAAUCAAUGGUGUGACGGGUCUCUUUCCGUCAAACUACGUCAAGAUGACCACAGACUCUGAUCCAAGUCAGCAGUGGUGUGCUGAUCUCCAAAGCCUUGAUACUAUGCAGCCAAUGGAGAGGAAAAGACAGGGCUACAUUCAUGAACUCAUUCAGACCGAAGAAAGGUACAUGGAUGAUCUCCAGCUUGUCAUAGAGGUUUUCCAGAAACCAAUGGCUGAUUCGGGCUGUCUCACAGAAGGAGAGAUGGGGCUGAUCUUUGUUAACUGGAAGGAACUUAUCAUGUCAAAUACAAAGUUACUGAAAGCCUUGCGGGUGCGUAAGAAAACGGGAGGAGAGAAGAUGCCGGUGCAGAUGAUCGGGGACAUCCUGGCGGCCGAGCUCGCCCACAUGCAGGCCUACAUCCGCUUCUGCAGCUGCCAGCUCAACGGGGCCUCGCUGCUGCAGCAGAAAACUGACGAGGACUCUGAUUUCAAAGACUUCUUGAAGAAACUGGCCGUGGAUCCACGCUGCAAGGGAAUGCCUCUCUCCAGCUUCCUCCUGAAACCCAUGCAAAGAAUAACCCGCUACCCUCUGCUCAUCAAGAGUAUUUUAGAGAACACUCCGGAAACUCACCCCGAUCACAGCAAUCUCCGGCUGGCCCUGGAGCGCGCGGAGGAGCUCUGCUCCCAGGUCAACGAGGGGGUGCGCGAGAAGGAGAACUCGGACAGGCUGGAGUGGAUCCAGAGCCACGUGCAGUGCGAGGGCCUGGCUGGGCAACCGGUUUUCAACUCCCUCACCAACUGCCUGGGCCCGCGGAAGCUCCUGCACAGUGGCAAGCUGUACAAGGCCAAGAGCAGCAAGGAGCUCUACGGCUUCCUCUUCAACGACUUCCUGCUGCUCACCUACAUGGUGAAGCAGUUCGUCUCUUCCGGCUCGGAUAAGCUCUUCAGCCCCAAGUGCAACUCCCAGUUUAAAAUGUACAAAACGCCUGUCUUCCUGAACGAGGUCCUGGUGAAGCUGCCAACAGACCCAUCAAGCGACGAACCCGUUUUUCACAUAUCGCACAUUGACAGGGUUUACACACUGAAAACUGACAACAUCAACGAGCGGACUGCCUGGGUGCAGAAAAUCAAAGCAGCAUCAGAGCAGUACAUCGAAACGGAGAAGAAGAAACGUGAAAAGGCCUAUCAAGCUCGCUCACAAAAGACCUCGGGAAUAGGUCGCUUGAUGGUGCACGUGAUUGAGGCGACGGAGCUGAAGGCCUGUAAACCCAAUGGGAAAAGCAACCCGUACUGUGAGAUCAGCAUGGGCUCACAGAGCUACACGACACGGACCGUGCAGGACACCCUCAACCCCAAGUGGAACUUCACCUGCCAGUUCUUCAUUAAGGAUCUCUAUCAGGAUGUCCUCUGCAUCACCAUGUUUGACAGGGAUCAGUUUGCACCUGAUGAUUUCUUGGGUCGCACGGAAAUUCCAGUAGCAAAAAUCAGAGCAGACCAAGAAAGCAAGGGACCCACAACGAAACACUUGCUGCUGCAUGAAGUUCCCACUGGUGAAGUCUGGAUCCGUUUCGACCUGCAGCUCUUUGAGCAGAAAACACUCCUUUAAAAGCACGUUUUUAAUUUAUGAAGGACAAACGAAGCUAUCAGCCUGAACAUUUUUUUCCAAAAGCUUCUUUGCCCUAAGCAGAUUACUGAGCAAGAAUUCCUGCUUCUUCCAUAUUCCUCUUGGUUACAGGUUGUGUUUGAGUUCUUUGCUGUGUUCAAAGUUGCUGUUGAUCUAUGCAAACAAAAACGUUGCUGUAUGCAGCAUACAUACAUGUACGCUAUAUACAUGUAUGUGUACAGUAGUAUAGCUCAGUGCCUUUUUAUGAUAUUGAAAUAUAUUGGUUUUAGAUGCCAAUGUUUCCAUUUUCAGGGCCAUAAAAAGUAUUAAGUAGAAAUGUGGCAUCAAGAUGUAUGUAUUUUACCACUUAGUCUAACAUAUAGACUGAGGAAUGGUUUAGUUUAGUGCUAUAAUCAUUCCAUUUGAAAUCAGAAAAGUGAUAUCCACUGGAACCUUCCCAUCUCAGGAUGAUAACUUUAAAGAUUAAAAGCUCAAGAAGCCUUAGCACUGGAGGAGUCUCCAAUACCUUAUAUGUUCUUUAAAAAUCAAAUGUAGUUCUUCAC